AAAAAUGUCAAACUGGUCAAACAAUUUGGCAUGAGCUUUCCAGUUUGGCGGCGGGUUGUUUUCUCGGCAUUUUAUAGCAAAACUAACACAAACACCACAAAAUGGCAGGUGUUCUAUUCGAAGACAUAUUCAACGUAAAGGACAUGGAUCCCGAGGGCAAGAAAUUCGACCGCGUCAGUCGUUUACAUUGUGAAUCAGAGUCAUUCAAAAUGGAUCUAAUUUUGGACAUUAAUUCGUGGAUAUAUCCGAUGGAGCUGGGGGAUAAGUUCCGGCUGGUGCUGGCGACGACGCUGCGGGAGAACGGGUACCCGGACGGCGGGGAGUGGAACCCGCUAGACACGGAAGGAAAUCGCGCGGAUAGCUUCGAAUAUGUCAUGUCAGGCAAAGUUUAUAGGAUAGAAGGUGACGAGGCAGCGAUGGAGACAGCGUCCCGCCUGGCCGCCUACGUGUCGUUCGGGGGGCUGCUGAUGCGGCUGCAGGGCGACGCCAACAAUCUCCACGGCUUCGAGGUCGACCAGCACAUGUACCUGCUUAUGAAGAAGCUUGCCUUCUAAAUGAGUCAUAAAAGUCAUAGCUUUUAUGACUCAUUUAGAAGCUUAUACUUCGUUUUUGUAGCAUUAGCAAGAACUUGAAAGAAGGUAAGCGAUCUUGACAUGACUAUUAAUUGAAAAACGCUUUUUAAAAAUCAGUAACUAUUACUUAUGAAAGCAGAAGAAUAUAAAUGAUCGUAUUAGAUUCAUAAUUGUUACAUAUUUGCCGUAACUUAUUUUUAAAAUGUGUUUUUAUUUAAAAGACACAUCAAGAUUGUUUACGUUAUUUCUAAUGUUAAAAAAAACGAACUAUAGCAUAGGGUCAAUGGCCGAUUUCUUGAGGUCGAAUUUUUUUUCGUCAAUUUUGAUGUACUUUGUUGGAUAGUUUGAGUUUGACAUAUUCAAUUUCACCAAAUUUUGACAGUUGACAUUAACGCCUUGGCAAUAGAGGUGUGUUCAGAUAUUUGUGAGAACCUUGGCCGCUCCAAUAUAUUUGAUGGAGACUGUACUAAAAUAACAUAUAUUAUAUUGUUUUAGUACAUUAUUUUUUGUGAGAUUCGGAUAAAUUUUGGCUGGUUUCAAGAGCUCCUAAUUUUGGCAUAUGCCAGCCAGAUGGAGGACAAUCACAACUGGUCCCAAACAAAAAAAAUUUAAUAUUCGGUUGAGUAUGUAUGUAUGUCACAUUAUUACACAUAAGUUUGACAAAAUAGGCAUAAAAAAGUAAAAGAUGUAAGUAUAUGUACAAAGGCGAACUGCCACUUUUCUUUGUAACUUAGAGGAGCAUUUUUAAGACUUAUAUUGUGCAGUGUUCUGUGCAAUGUAAGUCCCCUAUUGGGAACUCAUCUAUUCACCAAAUUUUAUCGAAUAAAAAAAAAUUCGACAACUUAUUAAAAAAAUGCCCGAAUAAUCUAGGAUAUCAAUACGAGGUUUAGUUAAACUAUAAAAUCUACUUAUCCUUGUGUGAUCCUCACUUUAUUUUGUAAGGUUUAUAUAAUAAUUAAAUGGUAUAUUUUUAUUUA